GCGCAGCAGCUCUCGUUCCUUCCCGCUGCUCCCUCCUCUCGACCGACUUGUCACCAAAGAUGGCGAUUUGCUGAGUGCUCAUGGAUACACACACUUCUCGGCUAGCUGUUAUCUUACCCCAAACGCCAACUUUAGAGACCAUUUAAGUGCACAGCUAGCAACUGUUUCUGUGUUUGACGCAGCAGUGACGGGACGUCCGCCUUCGCCGCCAUGCAGAUCACGCUUAAAACGCUGCAGCAGCAGACCAUCCAGAUUGAGAUAGACCCCGAGCAAACGGUCAAGGCCUUGAAAGAGAAGAUAGAGGCAGAACGGGGAAAAGACAACUUUCCAGUUUCUGGUCAGAAACUUAUAUAUGCUGGCAAAAUCUUGCAAGAUGACACGCCAAUUAAAGACUACAAAAUUGAUGAGAAGAAUUUUGUUGUAGUGAUGGUGUCUAAGGCUAAGCCAGCAGCUGCUGCCUCACCUCCAGUCUCAGAAGCCCCCAAGCCCCCCGUACAAGACUCUGGCUCCACAUCAACACCUGCUCCGGCUUCAAACCCUGCUCCUGCUCCUGUUCCUGCUCCUGCUCCUGCUCCUGCUCCUGCUCCCACCCCAGCAGCUGCCCCAGUUCCUUCCGAGGAGGCCAAACAGGAGCCAGACACGGCAGACACAGAACCACAACAACCAGCCAGCUCCAGUGGUGGGAGUCAGGGUCUGGAUGCCUCCUCAGCACUGGUGACCGGAGCAGAGUACGAGGUCAUGCUGACAGAGAUCAUGUCCAUGGGAUAUGAGAGGGAGAGAGUGGUGGCAGCGCUACGGGCCAGUUUCAACAACCCCCACAGAGCUGUGGAGUACCUCCUCACUGGUAUCCCUAGCAGCCCAGUUCAGGAGAGUAACCCACCAGUGCAGGCCCCCACAUCUGGACCCACAGAGGCACCAUCUCUAGCAGAAGGAGAAAACCCACUUGCAUUCCUGCGUACGCAGCCUCAGUUCCUGCACAUGAGACAGGCCAUCCAGCAGAACCCGUCUCUGCUCCCGGCUCUGCUCCAACAACUGGGCCGAGAGAACCCUCAGCUCCUGCAGCAAAUCAGUCAGCAUCAGGAGCUGUUCAUCCAGAUGUUGAAUGAGCCGUUGGGAGAGGGGGGAGACGCACCAGAGGUUGGUGAGAUGGGGGCGGCAGGUGAAGAGGGAGCCCCCGUCAACUACAUCCAGGUGACGCCUCAGGAGAAGGAAGCCAUAGAAAGGUUAAAAGCGUUGGGUUUCCCCGAGGCCCUGGUCAUCCAGGCCUACUUCGCCUGCGAGAAGAACGAGAACCUGGCAGCCAACUUCCUCCUCAACCAGGGACUGGAAGACGACUGAACGAGGAGCGGAGCGCUGCCUCCCCGCUCCUCCCCUCCCACCCCUCCCUCCAUCCUCAGCUCGGCAUAAAGACUGCACCCCCCCCACCCACAAAAAAAAUAAAAAAUUACUGUACAACGUCAACUCAAGGCGACAGGAGGAAGGGGCGGGGUUUCAGGGGGGCGGGAUGGGGAGACGGGUGCAAUUUGAAAGUGCACAAAGUGUGAAGGUUGUGUGCAGAUUGUUAGUCAAAGUGUGGAAGAACUAUAAAUCCACGUGAAUUCCAAUGGAAUGAGUGGGGUCCGCUUAGGGGAGAGCUAUCAUUUGAUUUUAGACGUGCUUUGUGAACGCAUGGGGAGGGA